CCUGGGUUACCCACUGAAGAAAACACAAGAUUGUUUUCGUAUUUCAGCAAUUGGGUGCAACUUCCAAGCUGCAAAAGAGUGACUUCAAGGCUAAGAAGAAGGAGAGAACUCUCACCACAGCAUUUCACAGCAAACACAUUGCCAGAGCUUUGAAUACUUAUUUGGACAAGCAUUUCUCCAAGCGAGGAAAAUGAAGGCCUAGACGGUGGAGGGGACUUUCCCAGAGCAAGGCGUUGAGUGGAGCCCCAGGAGAACACAGCCCUCUGCCCCCAUGUCACCACCUCUGAAGGGCUGACGACUCCAUCAGCUGGUGCCCCUUCUGAUCGCCACCAUGGGGCCCUCCGGGAAUGUGCUGGGCAGCGGACAAAUGCACAUUGUCCUAUGGGGGAGUUUGGCGGCUGUGGCCACUUUUCUCCUCAUCACUUUCCUCAUCUUCCUGUGUUCCAGUUGUGACAGAGAAAAGAAGCCAAGACAGCACAGCGGGGAUCACGAGAGCCUGAUGAACGUGCCAUCAGACAAGGAAAUGUUCAGCCAUUCAGUUACCAGCCUGGCCACAGAUGCUCCUGCAAGCAGUGAACAGAAUGGGCUACUUACCAACGGUGACAUUCUUUCAGAAGACAGCACUGUGACCUGCAUGCAGCAUUACGAGGAAGUGCAGACCUCUGCCUCGGACCUGCUGGAUUCCCAGGACAGCACGGGGAAGCCCAAGUGUCACCAGAGCCGGGAGCUGCCCCGGAUUCCCCCCGACAGCGGGGCGGAUGCGCUCCUCGGUGCCGGAAGUGCGGACGGGGACCAGGCUCUGGGCAUGGAGGGGCCGUACGAGGUGCUCAAGGACAGUUCCUCCCAGGAAAAUAUGGUGGAGGACUGCUUGUAUGAGACUGUGAAAGAAAUGAAGGAGGUGACGGCAGCUGCGCCUCCAGGGAAGGGCCACAGCGCCAAGUCCAAGUCCACUUCAGCGCUGAAAGAGCCGCCGGGGCCCCAGGCCCAGGGCACGGCGGACUUCGCCGAGUACGCCUCGGUGGACAGGAACAAGAAGGGCCGGCAGAGCGCCAACGUGGACAGUGUGCCUGGCGACCCGCAUGAUCCGGAGGAGGAGGCCCCGCCGCCUGUGCCUGUCAAACUCCUGGAUGAGAAUGAGAACCUUCAGGAGAAGGAGGAGAGCGAGGCAGGAGGAGACGGGCCCGCGGAGGGGGCCGGGGAACCCAACAAGAGAUUUAGUUCGUUGUCGUAUAAAUCCCGGGAAGAAGACCCAACUCUGACAGAAGAAGAGAUCUCAGCCAUGUAUUCAUCAGUAAAUAAACCUGGACAGUCAGGGAAUAAAUCGGGACAGUCUCUUAAAACAUCAGAGUCCACCUACACUUCCAUCCAAAGAGCUGCUCAGAGAUCCCCCUCUUCCUGCAAUGAUCUCUAUGCUACUGUUAAAGACUUUGAGAAAACUCCAAACAGUGUCAGCACACCUCCACCAGAACGGAGACCCAGUGAGGAGCCGGAGCCUGAUUAUGAAGCAAUCCAGACUCUAAACAGAGAAGAAAGGUUCGGGGCAUUUCUUCUGUGGAAGAUAAAAAGCAAUGAUCAGCCAAUACUGUAUAUGCUGCUUGCAUAA